AUGACAGCGGAUACAGAAGAGAUACACCCAGGAGACAAUCAAAAACUCACAACAAUUGACAAUACAAAGGAGAACCAAAAACCUUUGCCCCAGGAAAUUAUGGAAAUCUUAAAAGAUUUAAGUGAAAACAGCAAAAUUGUUUUCAAAUCUCAACAAAGAGGUGAUCCGGAACUGCUGCAAUCGGAAAAAAUUCAACUGGCCAAAGAUGUGUAUCAACGGAAUCCGCAAACGUUUUUAAUACGUUUUGGCAGUUAUAUGCAGCAGAAACAUUUGGAAGAUUUCGCUCGGCUCUCGAUUGCCGACAGCGAUGAAGAAAUGCAUUCGAUGGUUAGUGAAUAUCAAAGGAAACUGAAAACCCGCGCUCAGGAUGUAAAGAAUCGUAGAUAUGUGGCCCUGCAACGACUGAUAGAGGGUGGGGAAUAUUUCAGUGAACAGGAAAUGAUGAAACGGUCACCGGAACUAUAUCAUGAACUUGUUGGCCAGCAUUUAAGUAAAGAAGAACGACAACUGCGGGAUAGCUAUGAUGUUAAAAAUACCACAUUUUCUGGGAUCCUAAUGCACAAUAUGGAACGUGAUGAAAUUACCAAAAUAAUGGAAGAAGCAGAGAAGAAGGCGAUAGAAACGCAGUCCGAUGAAUCGCGGGAAAGUACAAAUUCACCCAUAUCCAUUACAGAAAUUAAUGAGGGAAGUAAUCCCAAAGAUACUAUCUUUGAUGAAAUCGAUUCGGUGGUACCACAAAAUUUCCAACAGCAGUGGGGUAAUUUUGAUAAUGAACAACAGGCCUGCUCCUCAAGUAAAAUAGAAAAGAAAAAGGCGAAGAAGAAGCCGGAGGUGACAAACAAAAUCAUACCUUUAAAGAAUCUAAUCACAGCCGAUGAGCGGGAACUUUUACGACAGGAAUUCAUCAGUCAAAUGCAUGAAUCCUUUCUGAAUGGUCAGGAUAGUGAUUUUGAUUAUGCCACCGUAGAUGAUAAUACCCAAUAUGAUGAUUUGGAAACUCUCAAUCAAGAUCGGGAGGAUAAGUACUUUGAAGAGGAUAGUGAUGAGGAGGAUGAUGGUGGGGACGGGAAAGCAAAUGAUACCGGUACAAUGGAACAAAGUGAAUCGGAAGAUGAAUUAGAUGUCUAUAUGAAUCAUUUAAAUAAACAUUUUAGUUUACAAAAAUAA